UCCUCCUCCACUCCCUCCGCCUCCUGGUCUUCCCAGAUCACUCUGGAUGUGAGCUUCUGUUUUUUUUUGUUGUGCUCUCUGCACAAGAUCGAACCCACCCCUGCAGCAAACUUGAUCAGAUGCCACCAUCAAUGGGUGCGAGCCCUCAUGUCUACCUCUGAGAACACAGUUCCGACGGUCUACGUGUCUCCGAGCUUUGUGUUUUAUUGCUUGUUUGAGUACAAGCAGAAUGACAUUGAUGUAGCGCGAUGCUGACGGUCCCCGGUACUUUUCACGAGGCGAGAGUGACCGAGAGCUUUCUGAAGUCCACCCUUACGUGAAGCAAAGGGGCAGAUAAUGUGGUACUCGAUCACUCUGAGGAUCAACUCAGCGUGGAGGCUGCGCCGGGGGAUGUGCUAGGUGCAACGGUGCAAUUCUGCUUGCUGAGAUUUGAUCUGACUUUCCCAUCUCAGCCACUUGAUCGCUCUCACUGCAGAGACGUUUGCUCAGCUAAUAAAGCAGCUUGCUUGAUGCAGAGGAAAGCUGCCUUCGGCUCCCCCUGUGUACAGCAGGAUAGCCACUUCGGCGCUGAAUGGACGGAAGGAGCACGUCUCCGCUGUUCGCGGCGCUCUGGAAAAAUGUGUAUUUUGAAGUUUAACUGUGAGGAUAUAAGUAAAUCUCUGAAUUGAAGGCGUUUUCUACACAUGGAUGGCAUUCUGCUCAUGUAUUUUGAUUUGGCUGCUUUGAAAAUGGCCCCGUUGGAGCACAUCGCUACAAAAAACUGUGCAUCGUGUAAAUGCGAUAUAUUUUAACACUGACUUGUGGAAAUGGGAAAUAGGUGAUGAGAAGACACACUUACCCUGAUCCUUACCUAACCGGGCAGGGCUGAUGUUCGUCCUUAAAGGCUAGUUACCCUGAUUUACAAUGGAAAAACUGUUUUUAUAUCUGCUGUUAAUUGGCAUGGCAGUGAAGUCACAGGUCUGUCCCAAACGCUGUAUCUGUCAGAAUCUGUCUCCAAACCUCGCAACUCUUUGUGCCAAAAAAGGACUUCUCUUUGUUCCACCAAACAUUGACAGAAGGACAGUAGAACUACGUCUGGGAGAUAAUUUCAUUACUAUCAUUAAAAGAAAAGACUUUGCUAAUAUGACCAGCCUGGUCGAUCUUACCCUGUCAAGGAAUACAAUAAACUAUGUUGCACCACAAGCAUUUGCAGACUUGCGUAAUCUACGGGCUUUACACUUGAACAGCAACAGACUAACCCAGAUUACCAAUGAUAUAUUUAGUGGACUUUCAAACCUUCACCAUCUUGUAGUCAAUAACAAUCAACUAAUUGACAUUUCCACUGAAGCUUUCAAUGAUAUUUUAUUGUCUCUCGAAGAGUUGGAUGUAUCCUAUAAUAACUUAAAAUCUAUACCCUGGGAAGCAGUUCAGAAGAUGGUCAACUUGCAUACCUUCAGUAUGGACCACAACAUGAUUGAACACAUCGAUGAAGGGACCUUCUCCCACCUUCAUAAGUUAACUCGAUUGGAUAUGACUUCCAAUAAAUUGCGGAAGCUCCCACCUGAUCCGUUGUUCACUAGAGCUCAGGUAUUAGCUUCCUCGGGACUCUUGAACCCACCAAGCUUUACAUUAAGCUUUGGAGGGAAUCCAUUGCAUUGUAACUGUGAGCUGCUCUGGUUGCGCCGCCUUUCAAGGGAGGAUGAUCUGGAGACUUGUGCCUCACCUCCACAUCUAACUGGCCGAUACUUUUGGUCGAUUCCAGAAGAAGAGUUUAUCUGUGACCAACCGCUCAUUACUCGUUAUACGCAUGAGCUCAGAGUUUUAGAAGGGCAGCGGGCAAUGCUGAAGUGCAAGGCUAUUGGGGACCCAGAUCCCUCCAUCCACUGGAGUUCACCUGAAGGCAAGCUUAUUUCAAAUUCAUCACGAACAGCCUUAUAUAAUAAUGGAACUUUAGAUAUCCUGAUAACGACUGUCAAAGAUACAGGCACUUUCACCUGCAUUGCUUCAAAUGCUGCUGGAGAAACCACUGCAGUGGUGGAACUUCAUAUAAUCAAACUCCCACAUUUAGUCAACAGUACAAAUCAUAUUCACGAGCCUGAUCCUGGUUCAUCGGACAUUUCAACUUCCACUAAAUCUGGCUCAAAUACUAGUAACAGUGUUAGUGACACUAAGGCCAAGCCAGAAAAGAGGGUGGCGGUUGCUGAAACGUCAUCAUCAUCUGCACUGAUUAAAUUUAAUUUGCAACAUAAUAUCCCUGGCAUUCGUAUGUUCCAGAUUCAGUAUAAUGGCUCUUAUGAUGACUCACUUGUUUACAGAAUGAUUCCUUCCACAAGCAAAACGUUCCUUGUUACUAACCUGGCUGCAGGAACACAGUAUGACUUGUGUGUCUUGGCAAUCUACGAUGAUGGCAUCACAUCUCUGACAGCUACUAGGGUUGUUGGCUGCAUACAGUUUACCACAGAUGAGGAUUAUGUUCGCUGCCAUUUUAUGCCCUCUCAGUUUCUGGGAGGAACCAUGAUAAUUAUAAUAGGUGGAAUUAUUGUGGCUUCUGUCUUGGUCUUCAUUAUCAUACUUAUGAUUCGAUAUAAGGUGUGCAACAAUAAUGACUCACACAAGAUAACAAAGGUCAGUAACGUCUACUCUCAGACAAAUGGAGCUCAUUUGCAAAUGUGUGGUGGAAUGUUUCCUCACUCAAAUUCUAAAGUCAUCAUGGGACAUGAAGAAAAUACACAGUAUCAGAAAGAUCCCAGUACAGCCAAAACAUCAGAUUCUCUUGUGGGCCAGGACUGUGCUACUGCUACCUCCACCGUGCCACCUGACUGGACUACAGGUGUUACUACAUCUCAAAAGCUGAAAAGAAAGGCUGGGCCAAAGUCAAGUGUUGAAACACCAAUGGAAGCUUUCACCAAUGUUGAGUUAUCCAAAAAGAAAAGGGAAAAUACUGCCAUUUUACACAAGCCCUCUUGUGCUCCAGUUUCUUUGAAAGAGACUCCCACUUUUAGACGAGCACAAUCCAAGCCCAUCAAAUACCUUACUCUGCCAACUGAAACAAGCAGAGCUAAGCGGAGAUACUCGCUCAAUGGAGAUUUAUCAGAGUAUCAUUGCUAUACUCAUUCACAAAAUAUUAGCAGCCUGUGGUCAAAAAGAAGCAUGUCCAUGAAUGGGAUGUUAUUACAGUUGGAAAACUCUGAUGGUGAUAGUGGGAAAGCCACCUUCUCAAGUUCUGAGUGGAUAAUGGAAAGCACCGUGUGACAUUUUACAUGUUACAAUGAAGGGCACUGCCUUGUAAGAGUUUUGGAAUUCUAUGCUUGUCUUUCUGUUUGAUGGCAUUUCCAGCAAGGUGGUAAUGAACUGGCUCUCAUGCAUACAAUUCUUUAACAGAAAUCGGCAGCACUGAAAGACAUGAUGGUAAAGCAUGACUUUGCACCAGUGCCUUAUCCUCCUUUAGGAUGGGCUUUCUGGUUCUGGAGUAUGUGAUAAAUGAGUGAAAACAUUUUCACAGAAGCCUUUGACCGAGGAAAUAUGGUUUCCUGCAUCUUAAAGAAAAAAAAAGCCUAUUUAUGGACUACUUAAUAAAUUGAUAUUUUUUAAAAUUUGAGCUGUAUGUUUCUUUCCAGUGACAAUGGUAAAUGCCUUUCAUUUUCAGGCAAAUGCUGUACAGAUAAAACAACUCUGUGUUGUUAUGUUGUGUACAAUAAAGGAUUAAAUAAGUAUACUCGGCCAGUGUUAGUACAAUGAAUAGCUGUUAUAUGUGCAAUUAGGCAGAGCCUGAAAAUUGUGGUUGCCCAGUCCAGACUGGUGGAGAUACUUCAUGCUGCCAGCCAGGUAAUCUAAAAUGAUUGAGUUUUCAUAAUAAGGGUGCCAGUGCUGUAUCAGAGAAAAAAAAGUAAUGGUUGUGGUAAUGUAAUCUUUGCAUUUAAAUCAAAUAUUCAUAGUCUGACUACCACUCAAAGGAGCCAUUAAAUGAAAAUACUGCCAUUCAAAGAAGCUGCAUUAAGGCCAGUGAAUGAAAUGUUUCAACUGGUUCUAAUGCUAUUUUUGUGAAAUUAUCCUAACACAAAAGUGCACAAAGAACACCGCAUACACUAGAAUCUGCAAAGAAGCUGAUAAACAGAUUUAUUUAAUCCAACACCAGACCAAGCAUUCAAAUAGAAAGACAUUUUUACAAAGCACAUUACUUUAGUGUGAUGUUUGAGGAACCCAACUGCUAAAAUCAUUAUUCACCUGGUAGAGAUGAGUAAUUAGACAGCAUUUUAGAUUAAUGGGCUGAUGUGAUCUGAGCUAAAAACCCAGCCAAACUUGAUCAUAGUUCUGAGCCAUUUAAUUACAGGGAUAAUUUCAACAGUGUUAAUGAAAAACUCUGUGCCAAGUUGUAGCACAGUGGCACAGCUAAAAGAGCUGCUGCCUUGCAUCAUCAGAGACCCGGGUUCAGUUCUGACCUCUGGUGCUGUCAGCGUGGAGUUUGCAUAUUCUCCCUGUGACCGUAUGGGUUUCCUCCAGGUGCUUCGAUUUCCUCCCACAUCCCAAAGAGGUGUGAUAUGAAAGGUUAAUUGGCCAGUAUAAAUUGCCUUUAGUGUGCAGGUGAAUGGUAGAAUCUGGAAGGAAUUGAUGAGAAUGUGGGAGAAUAUAUUUAUAAAAAAAUGGGAUUAAUAUUGGAUUAGUGUGAAUGGGUGGUUGAUGGUAAGCAUGGACUUGCUGGGCUGAAGGGCCUGUUUCCACGCUGUAUCUUUCUAUGACACUAAGUUUUUCCUCAAGUGUGCGAUUAUAUUUCUUGUGGAAAACAAAACAUGAACAUCGGUUUUUCAAGAAAUACAAACAAGCUGGCAAAAGCCUGGUUGCAGUCCAGAUCACAUCUAGCUGACCCAGUUAAAGAGGGUUUCGACCUUGAGUUGUGCUCACUCUUAUUAUCCAGUAAUCAUUUCUAGACUCCUUUUAACAUAUGCAAUUUGUAAAAAUUAAAGUGAUGCACACAUUAUAUCAUGGCUUGACCUAACCUGAUAAAACACUUAAGAUGGUCAAUCUAUCCCAGGAUUUUACAAGGAGUGUUUUCUAGAAUCAUGCAGCAGGUUUACAAUGGAUCUGGUUUUAU